GGGGCGAGGCUGGGCAGUGCGGGUAAGGCUACUGAGCGAGAUAGAGAGAGCGAGGAGAGCGAGAGAGAGGGUGAGAGAGAGAGAGAGAUAGAGGGAGCAAGGGACACCGGUUCAACAUACCACGUGCACUGAGACCAAUACAAGACAACACAAAGCCACACAGCCACGUAUUGCAUCUCCUCGGCUCGCUACGGCAUACACAAACGCUUAAAAGUCACCCCAGCAUGGAGAAAAAAGCCACAUACACAGUCAUCUCUCCUCCACACCCGUCCAGGCGCCUAUGGUUGGCGUGGGUGGCGGCGGGCGUGAGUGUGGUGGCGCUGGUGGUGGCGUGUGUGACAGCGGCGGUGGUGAACGAGCAGUCGACCCGCGUCAAUCAUCUGGAGGAACGGCUGAUGGAGAUGGAGAGUCACCUUGAGGAUAUUCUCCGGUUAACGAUCGCUAACCAUGAGUACGAUAACUUGGACUACGAUGGCGAGGACGGGGACUAUGUGUACUACGAUAACCAGGACGAUGACGAGAUCACUGUCCGCCGCGUCUUGAGGAGAAAGAGGCAGACGAACAGCAUCGACAACGAAUUACCCGACUCGUCCGCGGUGCCCAUCUACGACCAGGCGUACGGGGUCAACCUCAAGACCCAGAGAGCACCAAAGGGCCUGAGGUUGUACGACUCCCUGCUGGACACCAAUGAGGAGGAUGACGACCAGGCAGGAGAGGAGACUGUACCUGAGACCACCGACAGCCCCAUCAAGCCACACCACAGGGACGGCCUCCGCGACCCCUCGGGCUCCUUCGUGUGGCCCUUGAGACAAGUUAGCAACCUGUGGGUCCCUAAGAGGAGACGGGACAGGUUGCCCUCCUCCUCAGGCCCUCCGCCCCUUUCCGCCAGAACUCUCGUGCGCAAGAUCGACUCCGCCAACGGCCAAGAAAACGAGCUCGCUGAAAAUCUCUUCCCCAACGUGUCGCCCCCCUCGCUACGUCGCUCCCGCCUCACCGAAAGACGAUCCCGGACCAAGAGCCUGCACGGGUCCAGGCGUGGUCUGAAAAGGCGACAGAAGCAGCGGGUGCGGUCUAACCCAACGCCAAGCUCUGUGGUAUUUCGAUCUUCGCUUGUAAAGGCCACCUCCCGCCACGACGGGUUCACGAGCCCCAACAGCGUGGUGCCCCAAGCCAACGGUCUGCUGGAGGCCCCGAAGGUGGUGCCGCAGGACGGGAGCAGGAAGAUACAUGCUUUCUCCAGGCCUCCCCCCAGCAGCGUCUACGGCAAGAAGAGGAGGAAGAUCAGGAACAAGCAGACUAGGAAGUGGAGGAGGCGCCCCACCAUCACCCUGGCUCACUUCACCGCCUCCACCGCGAACUCCACCCGACUAAGCCUCCCAACCACUGGCGAGCACCUGGACUGGACCGCCGCCCCCUGGAUGGAGAAGCUCGGCCUGAACACCAAGUACAGCGUGGACGAGGGAACGGUGACUGUGCGGGAGGCGGGUCUCUACUACAUCUACGCCCAGAUCCUACACGAGUCAGGACGGGCAGGCGGCGGUUUCCAGAUCCUCGUGGACGAUAUCCCGAUCCUAGAGUGCCAGGCGCCCGCUCUGAGACCCGCACCGUCCUGCCACACGGGGGGAGUCUCCUACCUGCCCAGGAACGCGGAGGUACGAGUGCGCGACCUCGACAACUACCUGCGGACGGUGCAUGUGGGCCGCAACACCUUCUUCGGCAUGGUGAAGCUGAUGGACGCCCCGAGCACGGCCGAGGAGCUGGUGCUGGCCUAGGCGGUGACGGAGAGGCGGAGACGGCGGGGGAAGGAGCGGGAAGAGGUGACGAUGGGAGGAAAUGAGAGUAAAGGAGAAGAUGGGAGAUGAAAGAAGAGGCGGCAACAGGAGAUAGAGUUAGAAGAUGCGGUAAGAAGAGGAGUUUAAAGAAGAGGUGACGAAGGAUGAGGAGUUGGAAGAAGAGUCGUAAUGGAGAAAGAAGGAACGGGAGGAGGAAACCGUGAAGGGAAGUAUACGAGGAAACCACCAAAGCGUGAAAGAAGAAAAAGGAAAAAAAGAUGUAGAUGAAAAAGGAGAAGGGAUUUAAAGGUGAUGGCGAAGGAGAAUGGGAGGAAUGUGCAUGGGAAAAAAAAAGAUUGAGAGAAGGUGAAGACGACAAUGACGAGGACGACGAAGACGAAGAAGAAGAAGAAGACCGAGACGAAAACGAAGACCAAGACGAACACGACGACAAUACAAAAAAGAAGAAAAAAAAAGAUGAAGAAGAAAAGGUAGUGAUGGAUUAGAUGAAAAAAAAAAGAAAAGUGGAUGAGAGAGAAAGGUAAAAAAGAGAAGAGUAAAAAUGACAUAAACGCAGGAAAUGGGAGAGAAAAGAGAAUAGUAAGGCAGGAAGAGAUCACAGAAGCAAAAAGAGUUGGACAAAGAAAAAAAAAACACAAUGAACGAGAAAGAAUUGCACAGGAAGAGAAGCAGACAAGAGAGAGAAGAAAACAGGAAGAAAAUCAAAAGAGGAAGAAAGCGUUGGGGGGGGGUGAAGAAAAGAAAGUAAGAGAAAGGGAGAAGAAAGAAGAGUUGGUAAAGAAAGACAAAAUAUGGAAAGGAGGAAUGAUGGAGAAGAAAAAAAAAGGUACAGAGAAUUGAGAGAUAAGGAACCAAAAGAAGAAUAAAAUAUAAAAAUUGGAAGAAAAAAUUGCGAAAAAUACGAUUAAGGAAAGAAAAGGUAAGGAAAACAAACAAACAAAAAAAGAUUGAGAAGAAAGAAAACAAUGACAAAGAUAUGAUUGAAAAAAAAUAAAUAAAGCAACACUGGAGGAGGAAAAAAAAAAGAAAGAGGAUUAAUGGCCCAAGGAAGAGACGAGAGGAAGAGGAACAAGAGGAUGAAGAGAAAGAGGAAAAAGAAGAUAGCAUGAACAAGAAGAAGAUAGGCAGGAAAGAGACAGUUUGUUCACUACACUUUUAUCUUAGUUAUCGAAGGAAAUCAAGGAAAAAAAAAAUGAAUCCCAUGAACUUACAAAAAAAAAAUUGUUUGGGAAUAUUUAUAGAGUUUGAUUCUAAUGUUCUGAGGUAACUUAUUUAUUUAUUUAUAUAUUUAUUGCAAUACCUGACGCAGUAAACGAACUUGAAAGCCAAAAAAAAUAUUAAUCAUUAUAUUUUUUUUCGUUCAAGAGGACCCCAUUAUUAUUAUUAUUAUUAUUAUUAUUAUUAUUAUUAUUAUUAUUAUUAUUAUUAUUAUUAUUAUUAUUAUUAUUAUCGCUAUUGCUAUUAAUCGUGAUAUCCUUACCUGAAGAAUUAGUUUUAUAUAAUCUCUCUUAUCUCUUCUCUCACACACGGGGAGGAAGGAAAGAGAUAGAGAGAUGAAGAGAAAGUAGCUAUAUGUGAAUAGAUUUAUAUAACUCCAGCAGUACCUUAUAGCAUCUAAAUAUAUACGUUAUAAGUACUAUGUGAAUUUAUAUAUAUUUCUAAUCGACCUUACACACACACACACACACACACACACACACACACACACACACACACACACACACAUUGAAAGCUUGUAAAAAAAUAUAUCACGAGAGGCUUAAAUGUUGUAUAUAGAUUAACUUAAUUGUAUCAUUUGACGGAAUUUAGUGUUUUAGAGUUACAAAUAAAAUAAUAUAGAAAAGUAAAACGGUCUUAGGGGGUUAUUUUGCUCUAGAUGAUAUUCUUCAAACUUCCUUAACUGUUUACCGGGCCAAGAUGGAAUUUAGGGAAUGCGUUUGUUUGACCUUGCAUCAUUGUUUUGCGGGUAGAGAUGAUAAUGAUAAUGUUAAUAACUUUCCUAAAUUAUCCUUCCGCUAUAAUACACUUCCAUGGACGGCAAGAGGAAACACAAUGAUUUUUUUUUCCUUCUUCAAAUCAGCGAAAAUUUCAAUACUUAUGUUUUUUCCUUAACGCGUUUCAUUUGUAUAUCUGCUGAACGUAUAGGAUGAAUAUUACAUACAUACAUACAUACAUACACAUCUUUGACUAACCUGGACUUCCUGACACACCUUUGAUUAAGCACAUACAGGCAUCUACACACACACACACACACACACUCCCAGCACACCUGUAUAGAUUUCUGCAUACCUGUCAUCCCAUAUACACACACACACACACACACACACACACACAUACAUACAUACACGAAUACUCUUACUUUCUAAUGUCUUCAUAGGGGGGAAAAAAUACAUACACACAUACUAAAUACAUACAAAACAUUCACUCUCCAUCCCUUCCCUACCAUAAGCAUUGGCAUCCCUGGUCCCAUUUUCUUUCUUGACGCAUCAGGCUGAGAGGGUGGCCUUCGGAAAAUGUAGGAUGCAUAGAACUGUACAUACUGAGUGCCUUGUUAUUUAAUGUGCCUUAAUAAAGGAAAUAUUUUGUAUGCCA